AUGGCCUCUCCCGGCUCCGGCUUUUGGUCCUUCGGAUCUGAAGAUGGCUCUGGGGAUCCCGAGAACCCGGGUACAGCGAGAGCUUGGUGCCAGGUAGCUCAAAAGUUCACUGGCGGCAUCGGAAACAAGCUGUGCGCUCUGCUCUAUGGAGACUCUGAGAAGCCAGCGGAGAGCGGCGGAAGCGUGGCCCCGCGGGCCGCCACUCGGAAAGUCGCCUGCACCUGCGACCAAAAACCCUGCAGCUGCCCCAAAACGGAUGUCAACUACGCAUUUCUGCACGCAACAGACCUGCUGCCAGCGUGUGAUGGAGAGAGGCCCACUCUGGCGUUUCUGCAAGAUGUUAUGAACAUUUUGCUUCAGUAUGUGGUGAAAAGUUUCGAUAGAUCAACUAAAGUAAUUGAUUUCCACUACCCCAACGAGCUCCUUCAAGAAUAUAAUUGGGAAUUAGCAGACCAACCACAAAAUUUGGAGGAGAUUUUGACGCAUUGCCAAACAACUCUAAAAUAUGCAAUUAAAACAGGGCAUCCCCGAUAUUUUAAUCAGCUGUCUACUGGAUUGGAUAUGGUUGGGUUGGCAGCAGACUGGCUGACGUCAACAGCAAACACUAACAUGUUCACCUAUGAGAUUGCUCCUGUAUUUGUGCUGUUAGAAUAUGUCACACUAAAGAAAAUGAGAGAGAUCAUUGGCUGGCCAGGGGGCUCUGGAGAUGGAAUAUUUUCUCCCGGUGGCGCCAUCUCCAACAUGUACGCCAUGCUUAUCGCCCGCUAUAAGAUGUUCCCGGAAGUCAAGGAGAAAGGAAUGGCUGCCGUGCCCAGGCUCAUCGCCUUCACGUCAGAGCACAGUCACUUUUCUCUCAAGAAGGGAGCUGCAGCCUUAGGAAUCGGAACAGACAGCGUGAUCCUCAUUAAAUGCGAUGAGAGAGGGAAAAUGAUCCCAUCCGAUCUUGAAAGAAGAAUCCUUGAAGUCAAACAGAAAGGAUUUGUCCCUUUCCUUGUGAGCGCCACGGCUGGAACCACUGUGUAUGGGGCUUUUGAUCCCCUCCUGGCUGUUGCUGACAUUUGCAAAAAGUACAAGAUCUGGAUGCACGUGGAUGCAGCUUGGGGUGGAGGGCUGCUGAUGUCCCGGAAACACAAGUGGAAGCUGAGCGGGGUAGAGAGGGCCAACUCUGUGACAUGGAAUCCACACAAGAUGAUGGGUGUCCCUCUGCAGUGCUCAGCUCUCCUGGUUAGAGAAGAGGGACUGAUGCAGAGCUGCAACCAGAUGCAUGCUUCCUACCUCUUUCAGCAAGAUAAACACUAUGACCUGUCCUACGACACCGGAGACAAGGCCUUGCAGUGUGGGCGCCACGUUGAUGUCUUUAAACUAUGGCUCAUGUGGAGAGCAAAGGGGACCACUGGGUUUGAAGCACACAUUGACAAGUGUUUGGAGCUUGCGGAGUAUUUAUACAAUAUCAUAAAAAACCGAGAAGGCUAUGAAAUGGUGUUUGAUGGGAAGCCUCAGCACACAAAUGUGUGCUUCUGGUACGUGCCUCCCAGUCUGCGUGUUCUGGAAGACAAUGAAGAAAGAAUGAGCCGCCUCUCAAAGGUGGCGCCAGUGAUUAAAGCCAGAAUGAUGGAGUAUGGCACCACAAUGGUCAGCUACCAGCCCCUGGGAGACAAGGUCAACUUCUUCCGCAUGGUCAUCUCAAACCCUGCGGCAACUCACCAAGACAUCGACUUUCUCAUUGAAGAAAUCGAACGCCUGGGACAGGAUUUGUAA